CGCACACACACACACAGACACACACACACAGCCUGGCUAUCAUGCCCUUUUCAACACUCACAUUUCUGUGGACAAAAAAUGUCAAGAAGCGUCACAGGUAGAAUGUGCGGGCUCACACACACACACACACACACACACACACACACACACACACACACACACCUGAGAAAAAUUUGGAAUGCAGUUAAAAGUCAAGCUUAAUUUUUAAGCCUUUAAAAUAGCUACAUGAGGGAUGUCGCCACCUUUUCACCGUAGGCCUAUUGUCCUGUUUUUUUCAUAACAUGGGGAAAUUAUUUUUCGUUGGACAGUGAAUGAAGGGACUCGUCGCUUACAAGCAAAAAGGUCAGUUAUUGCUGAAAUGUCCAGGUUUUUAAUGAGAGGUGGCAACCCUAUAUAAAAGUCUAGCCAGUCAAAAUGUUUGUAAUGCCAACAGUGCAUAGUAGUGUAGCUGACUUUGGUUUACGUGGAAGUGAUGGACAUUCACUUUUAUGAGACUUAUUUCUUGUAGCCUACCUGUUGACAGUGAGUGAGGAAAGAGGUGGUAAAAUCAAGACCAAGUUGCAGUGGAAAUAAAACCCUUUGAAAUGUAAACCUCUUGGGUUUCACUUGUCACAUAAACAAUGCCCCUUUUCCCCUAUGUUAUUAAUUCUGAAGGUCAGUGCUGUAGAAGGGCACACAUAUUUUCAAGGUCUUACUGUUAUGUCUUAGGAAGUGAGCUGGUAUAUUAUGUGUCUUACUUCAAGUGUUAAAUGAAGUUGUUCCUGCAUGAUCUUCCUGAAUGGAAAAAAUUCCAAGAGUAAACCGCACGGGUGUUUUCAGGACUUGAUACUUUGGUCUCUCAGUGAUAUCCUGCUACACAAUGUGUUACCUUUAAACUAUUACCUCUGCCAGUUAUUUGUUUCCAGGCUUGCUUUCAACAUGUUGUUAAGCAUUUAUCUCUGUCUCUCUCUUGUGUGUGUGCGUGUGCGUGUGUGUGUGUGUGUGUGUGUGUGUGUGUGUGUGUGUGUGUGUGUGUUUCUCUCUGUGUUUUUGUAUGUGUAAAUGUGCAGAUUUACAUGAAUGUGCAAUAGGGGGAAAUCGACAUACAUUACCGACACAGCCAUGAUGCCACUUUCAUACCUCUCCAUCCCUUUCAUGUCCCUCCUGCUGUGUUGGCCUGCCAUGUUGCAUGCUGGGAAGGUGCUGGUGUUUCCACAGGACGGCAGCCACUGGGUCAACAUGAAGGUGCUGAUCCAGGAGCUCCAUGCCCGUGGUCACAGUGUGACGGUGGUGCGCCCAGUAGAUAGCUGGUACAUCCAGGAAGUGUCUCCUCACUACUCCUCCAUCACCGUGGAUGUUGCCGCGGGCUCCGAUGAGGCCUUCUUCCGCUCCUUCGUAUCCAGGCAGUUGCAGAUCCAAAGGCAGGGGUCGUCCUUUUGGACUCCCUUGGCAAUGGCCCGGGAACUCACAGAGAAAUUCUAUGAGGUUCACCGAAAGGUCUGUGAGAUGGUGGUCCACAUACUGGAUGACCCUGAGCUCAUGCUGAAACUGCGGGAAGCCGACUUUGACGUUGUUCUCACAGACCCGGCCUCAGGUGGUGGAGUGGUCCUGGCCCACUAUCUCAAACUGCCACUCGUCUUCAACGUGCGUUGGACCGUGCAUGGAGAGGGCCAUUUUGCCAUCGCACCUUCGCCACUCUCGUACGUGCCGAUGCCCACCGGCAAACUGACCGAUCGCAUGACGUUUUUGGAGCGAGUGCGCAACGUUCUCACAUAUGGUUUCAGGAUGUUUCUGUACCGCCGCACUGUAGGUCCUUCCUAUUCAGCUCUCGUUAGCAAGUACUUUGGUCCAGGUAUAGAUUAUUUUGAGCUGUUUCAGGCAGCAGACAUCUGGCUGAUGAGAGUGGACUUUGUGUUUGAGUUCCCCCGCCCCACCAUGCCCAAUGUGGUCUACAUGGGUGGCUUCCAGUGCAAGCCAGCAAAGCCUCUUCCUCAAGACCUGGAGGACUUUGUGCAGAGUUCUGGACAACAUGGUGUUAUCAUCAUGUCUUUGGGGACAUUAGUUAGCCAGCUUCCUAGUGACAUAGCUAAUGAUGUGGCAGCUGCGUUUGCUGAGCUACCCCAGAAAGUCAUCUGGAGGUACACUGGAGACAGACCCUCAGCCCUUGGGAAUAACACCCUUCUGGUUGACUGGAUGCCCCAAAAUGACCUCCUGGGACACCCCAAGGUCAAGGUUUUUGUGUCUCAUGGAGGCACGAACGGCAUCAUGGAAGCCAUCUAUCAUGACGUGCCAAUGGUUGGCAUCCCUUUGGUGUUCGAUCAGCCAGAUAAUCUUAACAGAAUGAAGGCUAAAGGUGUAGCUGCUGUAGUGGAUAUCGCAUCUCUGAACAAAGACAGCUUCCUCCAGGCCUUGCAAGAGGUGCUCCAUGUGCCGUCCUACAGGGAGAACAUGCAGAGACUCUCCAGGCUGCACAGAGACCAGCCCAUGGAGCCCCUGGACCGAGCCCUCUUCUGGAUCGAGUUUGUCAUGAGACACAAAGGUGCUGCUCACCUGCGCACAGAGUCCUACAAGAUGCCCUGGUACUCCUACCACUCCCUGGAUGUGAUGAUGUUCUUGCUUGUUUGCACAGUCAUAUUUGUGGGGUUUUUUGUUUUGGCAGUGAAGGUCUUUUGCACAAGGAUUUGUUGUAAGCAAAAGUCAAAACAAGAAUAACAAGAAUAAUAAACAAAGAAUAAUAGGCCUAUAGACUGUAUAUAUUUUGCUGCACUGAAAGAAAAUAAUAAUUGUAAAGACGUUUAAUUGGUCAAAAGAAGUCAUGUAAGUUAUGUAAGUCAUGUGUUAUGUAACUAAUAUUCCCUAACACAUUUUCUUUUCUUUUUAUUAUGUUAUUACUGUUCCAUUGCAAAUGUCCAAAUCAUGAUGCUGUUUUUCCACUUCUGAAUGUAAUGUGCUCUGAGUGAGUGCACUUUUUUAUGAAUGUAUUGUUCAAACUAACUGUGGGGUUUCAUAUUACACAUGAGACCAUCAUAAAGGAUACUUACUUAGUCUGUUCAGGUGAAAACAAUACACUUAACCAGGCUUUCCUGUAUCCACCCAUCCCUGGCAUUUCUGAUAACACACAGCUCUGAUAAUUCUGUCUCUCUCUCACACUCACACACACACACACACACACACACACACACACACACACACACACAGUUUAGUACUUUUAUUUGGAUCUCACCAAGAAGGCAGCAUUACAAAUCCAAAUAGUGAUGGAAGCAAAUUACAUAGCAAUCAGUAGGGACUGAUUAGAAUCAUAGGGUCCUAUGCAAUACAUUACGGGUCAGAACGGCCUGGUUAAUUUAAGUUGUUUAGGGGUAGACAUGGCACCUCCUUCGCCAUAUUGCUAAACUACCAAUUGUUGCAGAAACUGAGCAGUAUUUAGCAGUCUUUUUUGCAUUGUCCUUAUUAAGCUACAGAGCUGCAGUCCACGCACGAACACACACACAUACACACAAACACACACACACACACACACACACACACACACACACACACACACACACACACACACACACACACACACACACACACACACACAGUUGAACUCUAAAACACAGAUAUUUUCAACUUGGUAGAGUUAACAGCAUGCCGUCAACAAAACUGCCGAGACCAAAUAGCAUGUCGUAACAUUCACCACACCCAUUCCUCCCAUUGCCACUCAAAUAGCCUACAGCACUUUGUUGUAAUGUUUAAUUUACCAUGCCAGAUGUUCUGUAUCUGGCCGGGGUGAUCCUAGUUUGUUAAUAACCCUAUUGUGGAGAUUGGGCGUGUUUUAAAAUGGUGUGUCAAAGCCUGUUCAUUGAGUUGAUCCUGUAAAUUCAGUGUUAUGGCUAAUAAUAAAACUAUGCCAGACAUUAGAGUGCAGGCCCAGAAACAUAUCCUGUACGGCAGGCCUAUGUGUUAUUUUGCACCGAAAAGUUGAUUUCCUUGAGACAAAGAUGAAAUAAUGUAAAUGCAAUGUUCAUGUGUUAUGGUGGUUAUGUGUGUGUGUGUUUGGUACAGCCAGGCUUGUGACAGAUUCAGCCAACCUUGUUGCUGAAAGGAGUCUGCACUCUUGUGGUGGUAUAUGGUCAUAGCAAUAGGUCAAACAUCUUACUGUGGAGCUUGUGACAGACACUGAAAACCCUGAUGUGGACUCUCAGUCCUUACCUGCGUAUGUUAUCUAAGAACAUGUAUAACAACAGUAACAGAAGAUCCAUGUGGCUUUGUUUCAUGGGUGUCCCCAGUCCCGGGCCAGACUCAAUGGAAUGAUGUGUGUGUAUGUACUGUACUGAACUCUGUGUUAAUGUACCUUAACAAAAAAAAAAACUAACUCUACUUAGAAUCUGCACUUGUUGUUCUGUAUAUUUCCUGUGCACUUUGUUUCUACUAGUGAUGUCAGCUAUGAUUAUGUCCUCAAUUAUAAAUUAGGCCCUACUUUGGUUAAAAAGCGUUAACCAAUGUAAUGUAAUGUAAUGUAAUGUAAUGUAAUGUAAUGGACAAACCUGCUCCUGCAAGUCUCCUCAAGGAGAACAGCUCACUCAGGGUUACCUAAGCUUUUGGAAUAUGGGCUACAGGUGUCAGCAAGCAAAUUUGCACAAAUUAAUGUUUUUAUUUAUAUUAUCUAUGCACUGAAUUUCUUUCUGACAUGUGAUUCCUUGGCCUAUUUGUAGGCUAUAUUUGUACAAUUGCUUUGUUGAAAUGUUUUGCCUUAAUACACUGACACUUGAUGGGUCCUUUUUCUAUGGCUUGUUCACAAGACUCCUACAUAUAGGUUAUAAUGCGUUUAUAAAGUAGCCUAUGUAAAAUAUGUAUAACACUUUGUGAUUAUACACCAGGUGUUAAGCUAUAUGGUGGUAUGUCAUGACACCUAUUUAUGUAAACAUCUAUAGACACAAUGCAUUUUUGGUCACAGAGCUUUACCUAUUGUUUACCUUAUUAGCCACUUCUGGUUGCAGCACUCUUACUUGUAGUACUUCAUAAUGUUAGUACCAAUAUGGCCUCCACACAACGGAAUUAUCUGCUAGAAGAUGUUAUUGCAAUUUGUAUAUUUCAAGUACCAUAGGCCUAUGGUAGGCCUAUGUAUCAUGUCUCUCUCGCUCACAAGCUUAGCUGAGAUUAACCUGAUAUGUUUAUGUCUUGCUGACAAAUCACAUUUGCGUUGGUCCAGAAGUUAAAAAUGUACAGUUUAAAAUAAGUUGCACAGUAGGCCUACAUGUUAAGUGAAAGCACUGGCUCAGGUGUUUGCACAUUAUGGAAGUGACGGAGAGAGAGACACACAGAGAGAGGCAGAGAGUAGGCCUAUUGCUGAUAAAAUAAUAGAGGCAUACACACACCAAUACUACCAAACUGAUUUAAAGAUAUUUGACACUAUUUAAUGAAGUGAUAGUUAACAAUUAAUAAAAAAUAACUCACCAUCUUUCAAGAUUGUGAUAUUUUCAACAUCAUAUUAUGGAUCUUUAACUGAACAACGGAAAUCAAUGACGUGACAUGUAGUUGCUGGGCAUCUUAGAAAAGCACAGCUUGUGAUUUGGUAUGCCUGUUAUGUUCCCACAAUGUCAGCCUUUUCCUUGAGAUAGAUAAAUAACAGAUAAAUAACAUGUUUUCAUUUAUGAGUAAAAUGAGCUUUUAAAAUGACAUUACAUUAGAUUCAGGACUAACAUGGUAGAAGCAAGCCCUUUCAGCCCUCCCCCACACUCCCUUUACCAGUCUUGAUCAAACUAUAACCGUACAAUCAUUUUACAUCCAAGUCACAUUUAUAUGAAUCCUACCUAUCAAACAAGAACGUAGAAAUUAUGACAAAUAGGCCUACUCGUGGACAUCAGUGUCAUAUUUCCUUCUUGAUUCUACCCCCCCCCCCC